AUGGCGCACCCCGACAGUGCCCCUCCUCGACAUCGACAUACCUUUGCGCCUGAAGCACCAGCGACACCCGCCUCUCCGCCAAAGCACCAAUGGAUUCCGAAAGAGCAGGACUCGACACCCCUCCCGCCCAUGCGCCCAGCCCCGGGUACGCCGUCAUCCCCAUCGACAUCCAAUGGCCAUUACAGCCACAGUCGCGACUACUCGGAAAGUAGCAGCCUGCAGCAAUCGCCGCCGCCGCACAAGCCAGGACAAUCCGUGCAGACGAAGCAUAUCCCAUCCAUCACCCCUGGCCCGGAGUUGCGACUGCAAGAGGCGCCUGGCAGUCCUGUCAGCAUAUACCCACCCCGCAUGGGCAUCUUGGACCCAGAGACUGCCUCCAUCAACCAAGUGCCCGUCCAUGGUGAUGCAGAGUCCAGAAGGAGUUCCAGAAAUGUGUACACACCCGAAUUCGGAUCCACUCGGAUGGGCGACUCGACACAUGCCCUGCCUCUACGGCCCGCCAACAAGGUCUCGGAUGGACACGCGGAGUACCAGCAGGGAUCGCACCAUGCCCAUAGCCCGAGUUCCUCCAUUGCAUAUAGCAACCCCACCAUCCAAGAGGAUGGAGAAUAUGCCGCUCAGCGGGAAGAGGAUCUACCGACGACUCCGGGCUUACAAUAUCACGCAUUCGAAGAUGGUCCAAACAAAAAGGGCAAGAAGCGCAUCUCACACAUGACGACGCAAUCUGCGGGCUCAAGCUCUUCGGGCGGGGGAGAACAUCGACACUCGGGAUCGCAGAGUCUGGGUGUUCCUCGGACCACGAAUUCGCGGCCUACAUCGUCGUCAUCCGCCCUCGGGACGGAAAUCCGAGGUCGUACGCUGUCACCGCUUAGCGCCGCAAAUAGCUCCGAUCACGGUUCGCCAAUGAGACAAGGCAGGGAGCUCUCGACCUCGCGGAGGUCGCCUUCCAACAGGCCGGUCAGCUAUGUCGACCUGCUCAACAAUGUCCCUUACAACCAGCAGAUUGCCCCUGGCGGGCCUCUCAACAAUGCUGGUCUCCAGAGCGUCGUGGGCAGCGCUGCCAGCUUACUCGAUACCAAGAAGACGCUCGAGAUGUACCGCGCUAACGUGAAGAAGACCAAGGAUCCCUCCAUCCAGUACGAAUUCGCCAUCUUCAUGAUCAACGCUGCAAGCGAGAUCACACCGGAAGACGAUCUAGACUCAGCACAGUUGAACAGCGAAGCAAAACUCAUCCUUCAAUCCCUCUCGGACCGCGCAUACCCUUUUGCUCAGUACUACCUCGGCGAUGGCUACUUCUCUGGUCUCUUUAACAAAGGCAAGCCAGACUACGACAAAGCCUUCCCCCUCUUCGUCGCAGCUUCCAAACGUGGCCAUGCAGAAGCCGGCUACCGCGCAGCGCUCAGCUAUGAGUUCGGAUGGGGAACGGCAAGGUCGAUGCCCAAAGCAGUCCAAUUCUAUCGAAACAGUGCUUCGAAGAAUCACCCGGGUGCUGCUACCCGUCUCGGUCUCGCAUGCAUCAAAGGGGACAUGGGUCUCCAAAGCAAGACCUCAUAUCGGGAAGGGGUGAAGUGGCUCAAGCGUGCUUCGGAAAGUGCAGAUUUCCAGUACAAUGCAGGUCCUUUUGAGCUCGGCCUCAUGCACCUUACCGGAUACGGCGACGACAUCUUCAAAGACGAAGCGUACGCCGCGCAACUCCUCACACAGAGUGCGGAACUAGGACAUGUCGACGCGAACUUCUUGAUGGGUAGAGCCUACGAGAAUGGAGACUUUGGCUGUCCACGGGAUGCGGCACUCAGUGUACACUUCUACAACGGCGCGGCGAUGAAAGGACAUGUAGAAGGCAUGAUGGCACUCUGUGCAUGGUACAUGGUCGGCGCAGAACCCGUGCUGGAAAAGGACGAAGCAGAGGCAUGCGCCUGGGCAAAGCAAGCUGCCGAGACAGGUACGCAGUCAUCACCUCCCUCCUAUCCGAUACCCUCCCCAACUAACAUUGCUCCUCUCUGCAGGCUGGUCCAAGGCCGAAUACGCCGUCGGCUACUUCACCGAAAUGGGCAUCGGCUGCCGUCGCGAUCCCCUCGAAGCAAACGUCUGGUACGUCAAAGCCGCCGAUCAAGGGAACGAAACCGCCAAACAGCGCCUCGCCAUCAUCCGCGCAGCCGCCUCGGGAGAUGCGGGAAUCCCAAUGAGCAAGGCCGGAGCCAAGAGCAAAGAACUCGGAGGCGACAAGGAAAAGAAGAAAUUCAUGGGCAUCUUCUGA